GAAGCGUCUCUCUUCCAUUACGCGCAGCAGCAGGUCUCACGCAUUACGCUCCAUGUCUUCGCCUGGAGCCAACGGAGGAGCGGCUCGCGAGGACGACGAUCCCACCGGCCUCGGCGAGCCGCUGCUCACGAACGACGAUGCCGGCGGCGGGUUUCACCCCGAAACGCUAGCCACAGUGGUCGUGGCCACCACCACUACUGCACCCAACGGCGGCAAUGCCAAAGUGAUGAAGGGUUCCAUGAAGGCGGAGGCGAAGGACGACAGGUACUGGGUGGAUGUCCACCGAGAGGUAACAGCUGCGGCGGACCUGGAGAACGGCGGCGACGGUGGCCGGCCGCUCAUGUUCCGAGAAAAGAAGGUCAAGCCAGCCCUCCUGUACCCCUACAGGACACUAAUUCUAAUACGCCUCAUCGCCGUUAUCUUAUUCAUCGGAUGGCGUAUCAAGCACAAUAACUCCGACGUCAUGUGGUUUUGGACGACCUCUGUCGUCGCCGAUGUCUGGUUCGCCUUCUCGUGGCUGCUCUACCAGAUGCCGAAGUUCAAUCCCAUCAAAAGGUCCCCUGACCUGGAUGCUCUACGACAGUACUACGACCUCCCUGAUGGCGACUCCAUCCUUCCAGCCAUUGAUGUCUUUGUCACCACCGCUGACCCCAUCGAUGAACCGGUGUUGUACACUAUGAAUUCUAUCCUUUCCAUCCUCGCCGUUGACUACCCCAUUGAUAGGUAUGCAUGCUACCUAUCUGAUGAUAGUGGCACACUGAUCGAAUAUGAUGCUUUGGCUGAGACGGCAAAAUUUGCCGCUUUGUGGGCACCCUUCUGCCGGAAGCACUCAAUUGAGCCGAGAGCUCCAGAAAGCUACUUCCAGCGAGAGGGGAUGAUCUACAACGGCAAAUCACCGAGUGAGUUCAUUAAUGACUAUAGGCAUGUGAACGUGGAGUAUCAACGGUAUAAGGCAAGGUUGGAAAUGCUCACCAGCACUAUUAGAGAGAGAUCGAACUUCUAUAACAAUAUCAAAACAACAAAAGGGGAUGUAAACGCGACUUGGAUGGCGAACGGGACACAGUGGCCAGGAACAUGGCUUGAGCCAAUAGACAAUCAUAGGAAAGGACAUCAUGAAGGAGUUGUUCAGGUUGUGCUAGAGCCUCCAAAUGGUGGUAAGACACAACAUGACAAUAUUGUGAACCCACUCAAUUUUGAUGGCAUUGAUGCACGCCUCCCAAUGCUUGUCUACAUGGCUCGUGGAAAGAGCCCAUGUUAUGACCACAAUAAGAAGGCGGGUAACUUGAAUGCCCAACUACGGGUUUCUGCUCUACUCUCUAAUGCACCCUUUGUCAUCAAUUUCGACUGUGAUCACUACAUCAAUGACUCUCGAGCUUUGCAAGCUGCUAUGUGCUUCAUGCUAGACUCAAGGGAAGGAGAUAACAUAGCCUUCGUUCAAUUCCCCCAACGUUUUGAAAAUGUUGACCCAACAGACAGAUAUGGAAACCACAAUAGGGUUUUCUUUGAUGGAGCUAUGUAUGCCCUAAAUGGUAUCCAAGGACCUUCUUAUCUCGGCACUGGUUGCAUGUUUCGCCGCCUUGCGCUCUAUGGUAUUGACCCACCACGCUGGAGACCUAAUGACAUUCUGGUUGAUAGUAGCAAGUUUGGUAACUCCAUACCCUUCUUGAACUCAGUGUUACAAUCCUUAAAACAAGAAAGCCACAUCUCACCGCUAAACCUAGAUGACUCAUUUAUUGCUGAGAUGAUGCUGGUCAUAUCAUCUUCCUUUGAUAUAGGGACAGACUGGGGGAGGGGUGUUGGGUAUAUAUAUGAGAUGGCAACUGAGGAUAUGGUGACUGGCUUUCGCAUCCACAAGCAAGGGUGGCACUCCAUGUAUUGCACCAUGGAUGUGGAUACAUUCUGUGGCACUGCACCAAUCAACCUAACUGAGCGUCUCUACCAAAUUGUUCGAUGGGCCGGUGGUUCUGUAGAGAUGUUCUUCUCCCAUAACAACCCAUUAUUAGCUGGAUGUCGGCUCCACCCAAUGCAACGGAUUGUAUACCUCAAUUAUAAUAUCUACCCUAUCACAUCACUUUUUCUCCUACUCUACGCAUUAUGCCCAGUGAUGUGGCUUCUCCCCGAGGAAAUACUGAUCCAGAGACCAUUUACUCGAUAUGUUGUAUUCCUCAUCAUUAUCAUUGCAUUAAUUCAUACCAUAGGCAUCAUGGAGAUAAAGUGGGCGGGUACCAAAUGGCUAGAUUGGUGGCGCAAUGAACAGUUCUUCAUGAUUGCCUCAUUGAGCGCGUACCCAACGGCGUUGUUGCACAUUGUUGUGAAGCUCCUCACAAGGGGUAAGGGGAUCCGCUUUAGGGUCACCUCGAAGCAAACAAAGGUAGAGGACAAUGAAGACAAGUAUGCUGAGAUGUACGAGAUGCGCUGGGUACCUAUGUUGAUCCCAGCUAUGGUGGCCCUGUUCUCUAACACCAUGGCUAUCGGCGUGGCCAUAGGAAAAGCAAUCGUGUAUGGUGGGGUAUGGCCUAAGACACAACGUUUGCAUGCGAUGCUAGGCCUGUUGUUUAAUGUGUGGCUCAUGAUUCUCCUCCAACCAUUUGCUUUGGCACUCAUAGGACGUUGGAGCAAGAAGCCUAGCAUCCUUUUCAUCUUGUUUCCAGUGGCAUUUGUGGUCUUUGCACUGGUGUACAUUUGUGUUCAUGUUUUUGUUGUCAAUUUCUUUCCAUCCAUGGAGAUAUAGCAAAAUAAUUGUACCUUUAGCUGAUAUAAUUAUUAUGUAUAAUAAUUGUCGAUGGGACAAUUUAAACCAAGCAAUUUGUAAAAGGGUGAUUAAUAUCUAUGGUAGUUAAAUUCAUAGUCUGGAA